AUGGGGACCCAUACAGCUAUCCCAUAUAAAUGCAAUGAGAAUCUUUCCAUAAUUCCUGCAGUAACUGGAAGAAACAGAACUCUCUCUGCCAUAUCUGGCAUCAGAGAGAGAGAGAUGAACAAGCCAUACAAAACAACAUUAAAGCCACAAAUGUUGAUCAAGAAAACAAUGGACAAGACUAAGAACUUCGUUCACAAAGCCCUACAAAACCUCAAGUCCUUUCUGUUUGGAGGCUCUCAAAAGCUACUCAGAUCCCAUCCCCUUAACCCCCUCUUUGGUUGCAACAACAGCUCAAAAAUGCAGGAGUUGAACAAUUUCUAUAGAGAAUUUUCUGCGCAGUGGGAGGCAGAUCCUGAUGAGGCGAUGAAAAGAAACAAGAUGACACGGGUUGAAGAUGCAUCUAGCGGAAGCUUCAAGAAUAAUGCAGAGCUGAGUGUUGUGAAGAAAACACAAGAGAGAGGAAAGGAAGAGAAAACAGGUGGAUACCAUGAAGAACAGAGAAGAGAGCCUUGUUCUCCGAGUGCCAAUGGAGGGGGUCAUGUUUUAGCACAGAAAAUGAAAGAACUGGAGAAGAUGGAUGUGGAUGAUGUAGAUCAUGCAAUGGACAUAGAAGAGGUGCUCCACUAUUAUUCUCGCCUUACCUCUCCCAUUUACCUCGACAUUGUUGACAACUUUUUCGAGGACAUGCAUUCUGAAUUCUUCCUUCCUCAGCCCUCUGCCAGUGUCAACAAUUCAAUGCGGAGCCUUGGCCCUGUAAAGAUCUAG